CUCGCCCCGCCCUGCGGCGACGUCACGUCCGGCCGACCAGCUUCCCCAACUCCCUCUGGCUCCCGCCUUCGCCCGCUUCCGGUCGUCGUCGUCGCCGCUGCUGCCGCUGCUGUUGCUCCUGAGGCUGCUGGCUGAGGCCGGAGGAUCGAGCGGCGGCGGCGGCGGCGGCUGAGAGGGCGGCGGCGGGAGCAGAGCGGGACGACGGAACGGGAGGAAGCGAGCGAGGAGCGCGCAGAGCGCGCUUUUCCGUCCGCCUGAGGAGCCGAAGCAGCCCCGGCCCCGCCGCCGCCGCCUGCCCGCCGGACAAAGCCGAGAGCCCGCGCCCACAGCCAUGUCCUCGUCAGCCGGCAGCGGCCACCAGCCCAGCCAGAGCCGCGCCAUCCCCACCCGCACCGUGGCCAUCAGCGACGCCGCGCAGCUACCUCAUGACUAUUGCACCACGCCCGGGGGGACGCUCUUCUCCACCACACCGGGAGGAACUCGAAUCAUUUAUGACAGAAAGUUUCUGUUGGAUCGUCGCAAUUCUCCCAUGGCUCAGACCCCACCCUGCCAUCUGCCCAAUAUCCCAGGAGUCACUAGCCCUGGCACCUUAAUUGAAGACUCCAAAGUAGAAGUAAACAAUUUGAACAACUUGAACAAUCACGACAGGAAACAUGCAGUUGGGGAUGAUGCUCAGUUCGAGAUGGACAUCUGACUCUCCUGCAAGGAUUAGAAGAAAAGCAGCAACACUGAUACUUGUGUGCACCUGAUUUGGCCAAUAGGAUCAACAGUGAAAAGACAGAAGAGGCAAUACCAGCAGUCCCCAUUACAGUCUCCACCUCCCCAUCUUCCUCUGGGUGCCAAAUGAUGGGAAGAUGAGCUUCAUCUGACCAUUUCUUCUCCCUGUCUCCUGUUCCCCUUCCCAGUUAAACAGGUUAGAUUGAAGGCCCUUGCUGUAUUUCUGUAGAGCUAAGCAGCCCUUAGAGGAAAACAGUUCAACUCUGACUUUCCUAGUUGUUGUUUUAUUGAGAGCCACCCUCAUACCCUGUAAUUUUGUCCCAAAUCAAAUAUCAACCUACCAACAACUGCCUGGCUGGGAAGUCUGGGGAAGGGAUACAGAGCUUGGUGGGCCUAACACCAUUCAUAUUCCUUACCCUCUGUCUCUCCUCCCUGUAUCCCACCUAUGGUUCAGUGUUGCAAGAGUCUGGGCUUGGGGUCUUUAAAACCAGCAGGGGGAAAUGAUAAAAAGAGAGCUGCUUUCCGUUUUACCUUGAGGUAUUCGUCCCUCGGGACAGAGCACAGCUUGUGCAACUCUGGUAGCAUUACCCUGUGACACUGUUUUGAGGUCCACUUCCUUUCUUUCCUCUGGGAGGAAUGUCUUCUGUCUUUGGUAUUAUAGUUCAUCUUCCCAUUCUUUUACUUAGUGCGUUUGUGCAGAUAUUUUUAACUCUGUACAUCAGAAGAGAGCCCUUGGUAGCCAGUUUUGCUCUUCUUCUGCCACUCCUCCCUACUUGCAUCUUGUUGCUGGCAGAGUCCUCUUGUACUUCAAGAAAGCAAAGUGAUUUUGUCUGCUCCUAGAGCAGGUCCAUACCAAGUAAUAGAGGCACUUUAGCUUCCACUUGGUGGGUAAGGCCUGAUCAUAGUAUUCUGUCAGAUAAUGCCUAAGAAUGACCGCUGAAGAACGUUGACCCAUUUGAGUACCCGGUCUCAGUCGUCAUUUUUAAGUCCAGUGAGCAUUGUGGUAGUUGUUCUUAGAUUGCAGUUUCUUAUGUUUUGAGUUUGAAGUUGAUUUUCAGAAUGUUCUUAGAAAAGAACUGCAUUUUUUUCCUUUGUGGAUCUGCUUUGUUUGGCUGCUGGGAUAGAUAAGCAUGGGCUUAAAAAAUGUGUUCCUCCCAGUUUUCUUGCCUUUCCUGUUGUACUCUGAAUUUCUCUCCCUACCUCCCUCACUUUCUUCCUCUCUCCUUCCUUUCCUUCCUUUUUCUCUACCAGGCCAUUUUUCAAAUUUACAUCAAAGAUACCUGAAGUGUUGGUAUCUGAAAAUAUCUGUCACUCCUCUUAUCUGAGAAGUGACCUUUUAUUUUUAAGAUGACUACAGACCUAUUUUUAGAUAUGUUUUCAGUACAAUUUUGAACAGCAACUUUUUAAUUAAACAUCUUCCAGUGUUAGGAAGUUGAGAAAUGUUCAUAGGCGAGUCUGCUGUUCUAUGUCACCAUCUUUUGUCUCCCCUAGUCCCCCAGGAGCUCUUUCCUUUCCCCUCUAGUUUUGGGUGUGCAUGUUUGGAGUUUGUAGUGGGUGGUUUGUAAAACUGGACCAUUCUGCCUUGCUAUGGGUUGUUCAAGAAAGCCUCAUUCUUUUCUGUGACCCUUUCGCUUUUGCAUUCACCCUCCUUCCCACCUACCUGUCCUGGGGCUGUUGAGCAGCAUAAUAAUCCCGGGAGAAUGAUUCCCCUCAUAGAAAGACAAAAGCAUCCAUCCCCUCAUAGUUAAGUAGCCACUGGUGUCCUGGGAAUUUCUGGUUGGAUUUGGUGCCCUGAACUUUUUUAUUAAGAAAUCAGAUCCCAGGGUGAGAGUAACAGGCCAUUUGGCCAAGAGAGAAACCUGUUUGUUUUUCUUUUGAACUAUGAAAAGACCCUGUUUGUGAAUAUAUUUUAGAAAGAGAGGAAGGAUGUCUGCAGAACUUUGUUCUGUUUUCUGCCACAAAAAUGUGAAUAGUUCAGAGUGAAAACCUUUUGUGAUGGUUGAUGUCUCAGGAAUAAGCUGGAUCUCCAAUGUUUUGGGGAUGCUUUGAGUCUCAAAAAAAAUUGCUAAUCAGAAAAGUAAUUUUUGUUUGUUUGUUUAAUGUAUCCCUGUUCUGUUUUUAAUUAAACUCCAAGUCUCAUUUUA